AUGGUGAGUGUGCCGCAAGACGGCGAUGGUGCGGGCAUGCUCCCUGGAAAAAAGAUGAACCGCCACAAAAUGCGCUUGGCUCACUGCGAGGCACGUCGCGAGCAGGAAAUGGAGCGCGCGCGCGCCGAAGCGGCGCGCGAGCUGAGCGAGGGCGGCGGCGAUCCGCAAGAGGCAGCGCGCGAAGCCGCGGCGCUGAGCUGCUACUGUGCCGAGCAUAAUCUGCAUGUGUACGAGCUUGUAUUCGGCGCUGGCCGAUCAACUAAACGUGCGGCAGCCUGCGUCGCACCCGGUACCGAUAUGUUUAUCCCGUUCAUCACCGACUUGGACGAGACGUACGCGAAUGUCGAUGCCAACAGCGAGGCGCUCUCUUCAACGGACAAGUUUAUGCAGUACUGCGACGCGGUGGAAAACACAUCUAUAUGGGGCGGCCAUCCCGAGAUUCUUGCGCUCGCCAAUGUGCUGCAUACGUCCGUGCAUAUUUUCCAAGCGGAAAUGCCGAUCGUCAAGAUUGGCGAGGAGUUUACCGACAAGGCCCCGCUGCAGAUCUCUUACCAUGUGAAGAUGUUUGGCUUGGGCGAGGUACGUUGGUGGAUCGACUUACACGCAGCACUACAACUCGCUGCGCCCGAACGCGUAGGCGCCGAUGGAUGGAUUUUGUAG